CGUAGAACUUCAGGCCACCCACAUGAACAGCUCGAGGUUACAUGAUCCGGCUGAUUGAUGCUCUCAGCCAUGUGCAGGGGCUGAGAUGUGUAAAGAUGACCUUGUUACCGCCAUGGGGUAAUUGCUCGGCCAUGCGACGUAGGUCUCAUCCGCUUACUCGACCUGAAGCGUUAUAAAUACUUCAGUCACCCAUGUCCACCUGCAGCUCUCUCUACUCAUCAGCUCUUCUCUCGCAGUCUUGCACAUCCUCUCCACCAACAUGGUUGAGCUUAUCCAUCAUGUCAGACGCAUCCUCACCCCCGAGCUUUGCCUGGCAACGUAUAGACUCAGGUUCCCUUUUGUGAAAGGAGCUGCUCUCAAUGGCGCGGCAGUCGGACAGAUGGUGUUCAAACCUAGCCCGGAGUACAUUCAGGCCUUCUACGAUAUGAUAUUCCGCUCCGCGAUCAUACCCUUAAGCAGGCUACCAUUGAACAGCCUCCUAUCCGUUGAUCUCACCCAGCUUUUGCCUCUCCCUACAGCGCCCGACUACCCCGAACAAUGCCUGGGCCUGAUCACCAUCCUGGACCAGCAGAGAAUCGUCCAGACGGGGUAUGGACAGCGAUAUCUCCGGGCCUUCUUCGAUCCGGUGUGCGAGAAGCUGGCGCGACAGCUCACUGCUCAACCCGCCCAGUUCCGACCCGAUGGGAAAGCAGCGUGGCUUUCGCGCGGCUACUCAAUCGAUGACUGGCUCAUCCGGACUCUGUGGUUCUGGGCGCCUCUGGUUCACUCCGAUGUCUUCAUGACAGCAGACCGGCAGAGCUUGAAAGACUGGCUCCACGCCAUGCGAGCCGAGACGGAGACUCACUGUGGUUACGCGGAUCCCUUCGCUCCGCUGGAGGCGGCCGACGAUGUUGACAUCACGGCGUUCCAGAGAAUCGAAGAAGCUGGACCGCCCGUGAAAAGCUACGCCAACUCCUCAAGGGAGGCGACUGUGGCAGAUUACACGUUUUGGUGGAUCCGCAUACUGAAUUCCCACUUUGCCAUCACCGACAUGUGCGGCCACUAUCCAUACUGGAUUCGUUGGACGGGCUUGGAGUGGACGCCAAGGGAUAAAGCAUUCAUGGAGCAGACGAAUAACUAUCGCUACGAUCCGGAGGAUGAACCGGUCCUGCAGCUGGUGCGGAAGGACUACUUGGAAGGCGUGUGGAGAGCAUUGGGCGUCAAUCCGGAGUAUGAGAGGGGCAGCUGAAGCCUCAUUGUUGACGCAUGA